CGGUUAAAUGAUCGUGUUCGUAUUCCCCUCUUUUCAUCUCCUUCACCGAUAUAUGUAUACGUAUGUAAUACGUACGUGCCUUACGUGCAAUGGAGACUAACUUGAUUUAUCAGGGUCAACGAUUGAUUUGAAACAAGACUGAUCUGCACUGAUCUGGUCCCGCGACCCUCGGCUUGGCCUGAUUCCGUAGAUCGCAGAUCCGCGUCUCUUCUACAGCGGAAUCGAGAGCAGGAAAUUAGGCCGCGCGGCCUCACACCUGAGGGAUCCAUAUCACGCAUUUUACGUCGCGCGGUAUGUACUACACAUCGAUCAGAGGAACGCUCACGAUAACUGUGUGCCACACAGAUCUCAGUUCUUGACAAAAUCCUGACUCUCCUGACAGUUAACGCGUUAUGAUAGGAGCGUGAAAAGUCAAAAUCCGUGAUUCCGUGCUGAUAAAUGAGCGUGUCCCCGAGGCUGCUGCUGACGAGCACCGCUUCUCUGCUAAACGUAGUAUGUAACGCGCGGACGGCAACGUUUCCGCAAUCGCGAAAGAUCUUUACACUAGAACCAACUUGGCAACAAAUACUAGAAAAUUUGUGUAAGAGCCCUAGCUGGAAAGCUUUGAUCUCCAAUUGCUUAGAGCUCGCUGUCUCUAUGGAUAAUUCUCCAUCCCAUCAAAAGUCAAAAGUCCAUAUGGAACCUUACUUUGACACAUGCUACAGCCAAAGCAAUAACACUACAAUGUGCGAUCUAACGAAUACAUUGAUCUAUUGUCAUACUAGUUUUACAGAGGCAACACAUAAUGUUAAAGCUAACAUAUGUACAGCUGACACUAAGUAUGGAACUUACAUAGACAAACAGAGAUACAAGACGAUAAGGAAGUGGAAACGCAUCGAGAAAGAUAGAUCAUCCAAUAAUAUGGAAGAUUUUUUUAUAUUGAAACUAUUAUCCUUUAAUAUCUUGGCACAAAACCUGUUGGAAGAUCACUCGUAUCUAUACAUGGAUCAUAACAAGAAAGCCCUGAAUUGGAAAACACGAAAAUCCCUUGUGAUACAAGAAAUAUUUGAAGCAGAGGCAAAUGUAAUAUGCCUUCAGGAAAUGCAGGAGGAACACCUAUUAGAUUUCGUGGCUCCGUUCAAACAUCAUGGAUAUGACUAUCUGUAUAAAAAGAGAACCAAUGACAAGAAGGAUGGCUUACUUUUGUUAUAUCGCUCCGAUGAAUUUAUUUUGUUAGAUUACGCAAAGGUGGAGUUAUAUCAAUCCGGUAUUGAGAUCUUAAAUAGAGACAACGUCGGUAUAAUCGCUAAACUAGCCCUCAAAGACAAUCCAGAAACGCAAAUCGUUGUAGCCACUACUCAUUUGUUAUAUAAUCCGAAACGCAAUGAUGUACGAUUGGCGCAAAUACAGCUUUUGUUAGCGGAAAUAGAACGAAUUGCAUUCGUCGAGAACGCGACAACGGGCCCGAAGUAUUUACCAAUCAUACUCGCAGGCGACUUCAAUUUGGAGCCGUUCACGGGCGUUUACAAGUUCCUAACAGAAGGUUCGUUCAAGUAUUAUGGGAAAGGACGAAGUUUAGAACCGUCUCAAUAUCGUUCUCUGUCAAAUUCAUUAAUACCACCGCGAUUAUGCGUCACCGACAAUUGUCAACAUUUUAAUAUCCUGACACAAAGACUGCGAAGAGAAGGCACCGGUAAAGUCAUGCUGGAAAAUAGCGAAUCAAGCCUUCAAAAACGAGACGAAAAUAUGUCCACACCUUGUAAUACGACUGUGUUACAACAGAGCGCGAACAGUGACAUCGAUUGCACACAAGUUAUCGAGAUUGUGAAAGGUCAUUCCGCAAGAUUUUCGUCUGGCACUCUAACGCAUCCCUUUAAAAUGCGUAGCAUUUAUACGCACAAAGGUGCUCAUGAUGAGAAAGAAGCAACCACGCAUCAGGACAAGUGGAUAACAGUGGAUUAUAUAUUCUACAGCAACAUCCAACCUUUAAAGAAAUACGCUUUACCUACAGUAAGUCAAUGUGCCGCGUUACCUAGAAUACCAAAUUUUAUAAUAGGUAGCGAUCAUUUAUGUAUAGGUGCAACCUUUCAGUUACCGAAAAAAAAAUCUCUACUUUAA